AUGAAAUUUGAAUUGAAGAAAAGAUGGAGAGCCAUUGCCCCACAUCAAUUGAAAAACAAAUCAGCUGGCCGUUUUUGUUUAUUUCCCAAAUCAAAGUCAGAUCGCUCUGAUCCGAGAAAAGCACCAGUUUAUCUCAAUGUAUAUGAUUUGACACCCAUGAAUGGCUACGUCUAUUGGGCAGGCCUUGGAAUUUUUCACUCUGGUGUUGAAGUUCAUGGUGUAGAAUAUGCAUUUGGAGCACACGACUACCCUACCAGUGGUGUUUUUGAGGUUGAACCUCGCCAAUGCCCAGGAUUCAAGUUCAGGAAGUCUAUAUUUAUUGGGACCACAUCCUUGGACCCUACUCAGGUUAGGGAGUUUAUGGAGCGCCAGUCUUUGAGCUACAAUGGUGAUACAUAUCACCUGAUUGUCAAGAACUGCAACCAUUUCUGCAGGGAUAUCUGUCACAAGUUAACCGGAAAAUCGAUUCCCAAAUGGGUAAAUCGACUGGCAAAAAUAGGUUCAAUAUGCAACUGCGUACUUCCUGAAGCCCUAAAGAUUUCUUCUGUGCAACACGACCCGAACUGCCAGCCAUACGACAGCGAGAAGAGGAGUUUGAGAAUCACCCCUAAAAGGCUGCUUGCCGCCAUGGGAAUUGAGAAGGUCGAACAAUGGUUCCUUGAAGGAAAGGUGAGAGAAACUGUUCUACAGUAUGAUGACUGGCGUGGCGUCCAUAACCUUUAA